GAGAGUGACUUCAUGACGCUGUUGUUUUGACCCAGUAACUGUACUGUUCGGUCUGCUGCAGCGGAGCUGGCACAUACAUGUUGCAGUUAUGUAGCUCACAGCAGAAGGACUUUACCCCCCGGAGACCAGCUGUCGAUCGCUAAUGCUCCAGUCCUCGCGCUGUUUGGAGACCGAUUCCGAAACCACUGCGGCUCCGUUAAUUAGCUAGCUAGCCAGCUAGCCUGCAGGGGUCCGGCUAAGAUGUGGCAAAGUGUCGGGCUCACACUGCUGGUCAUUGUGGCCACACUUGUCUGCGCGCUGCUUUUCAUGCUGUUUGGUUGGUAUGUAGUGUGGCAGCUAUUCCUGUCCAAAUUCAAGUUCCUGCGUGAACUUGUUGGGGAUGCUGGAACCCCUCAGGCUGAAGCUCAACCGUCCGACACCAAGAGUGAACGUACAGCUAAUGUCCCAACACGAAAUCGGCCCAAAACUGCACGCCAAAGAUUUGCGACGCCCGACGGCACUUUGUAGACAUUCAGGCAGCCACUGUGUAUCCCUCACGUAGAAUCUGUCUCACCGCGACUGCUUGUCAUCUUUGAAACAUCACGUAUGAUCACUCGAGGUAUUUCUCACUGACAUGUGCCCUACACUACGCCAGGACCUUGUGGACACCCUUUAGUCAGCCCUCCUCUUCAACUGGACACUUUAAACUGACCAGGAUGCAGGUCUUCUGGUUUCAAAGGGAAAAGCCAUUCAUGUAAAUUAUUGUCCAUUACUACUUGUCAUAUGUUCAUGUCCAGACUCACUGCACACGAGUCAGGCCUUUUUGUGUGUAUGGUUAUCCUGCUCAAGUGACAGGCAGCUCAUGAGUGGCUCAGCUGCUUCCUGCCACCUCUGUGGGGGAAAAAAGGUGUUAAUUCUCUUGUCUACAUGUUUCAAUCAUGUAUUUUUUUUUUUUAGCAGGAAAACACGAGCUGUUUUAAAUGAGCUGCUCUACAUCAUUUUAGAAAGAACAACAGAUAAACUGACAACUUGAUUCUCUUGAAAAACAAAGUGCAAUGAAAGGAAUAUUCAAGCUGCCAUUUUGUAGUUUCACCCGAGGUGGAAAAUCAUCUAGUGGAUAAAGCCCAGUGAAGAAAUAUGAUAAAUGACAAGGGCUUCAUUCCAACUGUGUAAAACCUUUUUUCCUCCAACUUCUCCUUUACCCUUUUAUAGAUUUAUACUUGAAGAGUCAGGAGAAACGUUUCAAGAAAACAUCUGUAAGUGUUCACAAGCAGCUAAUACACAUGACAAAGCUCCAGUGUUGGAGCAAUGAAGGAGACUCCCUGCUGCAGGAAACCUGCCCUCCCCCAUCCUCGCGAUCUCACCUGUAUCAGUGCCUGUUGAAAUGGCAUCUACUCUUUGUUACAUGGCCUCCUUUUGUACAGGCAACUGUAGUUUGACUGCCAUGAAAGGGCAGCUCGAAGCUGAUCAGGUCCUAGUCUGUAAUCGGUGAUGUCGCGUCCUUCCAGGUACAACUCAUGUAACUGUUGCACCUUUUUUUUUAUCAGCAGUGUUUUUCUUCAGUGGAGCGAUUGCUUCAAAUAAACAUGUCACAGUUG